UCGCGUCCGAGCUCUGAUCUGUCUCUACACUUUCAAACUCGCCCUCUAUUUUUUUGGAAACACGCAUAGUCAGGUUUUCCGUCGUAUUGUCGCGUCCAGCUGAGUUAUCUGUCACCCGGACUGACCUCACAUUUAUGCGCGUGUCAUAAUCGUCCUAUCUUUCUCUCGUCCUUGAAACAAACUUGGCUCGAAACAUACAACUUGAGGUUGUAGCGCCACAUUCCGACAAAGGGACUCGUAGCGAACACCCUGGCCACAAGUGAUUCUUUGUAGCCCACGAUGGUGACGCCGACAAAGAGUACACGCUCAUCACUAGCUUUCCACAAGUUCCCCACUUUCUACUCCUGUUACCUCCUCAAGUCACAUUGGAUCCCGAGGUCCACCGUUACAUAUAUAGGAAGCACCCCCAAUCCGCCUCGUCGAAUACGUCAGCAUAAUGGCGAAAUCACUCAAGGGGCUUGGAAAACGAAAAACAAGCGCCCUUGGGUGAUGCAGAUGGUCGUCUAUGGUUUUCCCUCAAAGCUUGCUGCUCUACAAUUCGAAUGGGCCUGGCAGCAUCCCCACGUCUCUCGAAACCUGCGUGAUGAUGCUGGGAGCGCUCUCUUCAAACGAGGAACCGGCAUGAAACGGAACAUCCUUGUUGCUCGUACGAUGCUGUCGUAUCAUCCUUAUAACGUGUGGCCACUUCAUGUGAAGAUCUUCACGGAGGAGGCGGAGAAAAUAUGGGAAGAUGUGUCUAAGGCCGCAGACGUUAAGUUUCCUCUGCCUCGAGGCUUUACAUACUGCAUCGAAUAUGAAGGCGUGGAUGGUAAGUCCGGGAAAACAAACACAGAACGCAUUGGACCUGUUGAUGUAUCUGAUGACCAAUUCACUACGGCGCAUCUGACCAAGUGGCAGACUCUACUUCACAAUGCGGGAAGUGGCCUGGAAUGCUCGGUCUGCCAUGAAAGGUUGGACAUUUCCGCCAAGGAGUCUUUGACUACUUCACUAUGUCCUACGAACGGCUGUCAGGCAGUCUCUCACCUUCGAUGCCUCUCUCGGUUCUUUCUAGAGCGAGAAAAGCAAGGUACGACCAUUAUUCCCCGCGGCGGCAGUUGCCCGAACUGCCGGUCAUAUGUUCUCUGGGGAGACGUUGUCAAGGGUUGCUUUAGGAGGUAUGCAGGGAAAGCGCUACAAGAGGACGAAGACGAAGACGACGAAGACACCGGUGAACUGUCCAGCGCAGGUGAGGAAAACGUUAUGGCCGCGGUCGACGCUCUGGACCCUCUGCAGGCACAGGAUAAAGUCGUCGAAGUAGCCACGAAGCAGAAGACGAGACGUACGGACGACAACGCCAUGAGACCAACGAGUGAAGAAGUCAUUCCAAGAAAAGGUCGCCCUCUAAAAACGGUCCAUCCCAGUGAAAAGGCCAAAAAGCGACCAAGGGCAACGGGCAUGAGCACCAAGACCAAACGGGCAUACUAUACCACCGCGAACGUUGCGGAUGCCGACGACGCCGAGGAGUUCUUCGACUUGAACGUGAUCAGCGCAGACUCUGGCUCUGAUGACAAUGCACCGCCAGCCCCUGUUCGACCUCAAUCCAAGGCGGUGAACAGGUCUGUCAAGUCCCGCAGCAAGCCUCCCUUACCACAGCCCAGCGCAGGCCCUUCCCGCACUGCUUCGACGAAGUUCAGGCAUCUUUAUGGUGGCGAUUCAGACCAGAUAUCUGCCAUCCAUCUUCGAGACCCACCCUUGAGCAAGAAGUCAUCGAGUCUUCCGAAUCUUCCUUUCAUCUCAAAAGCUGGCCCGCUACGAUCCCAACGUGACGACAUGAUGGCCGAUGAGCUAGCGACUGUAGAGGAAGAUGAUGCUUUCGCAAUGGGCUUCGGCGGCGACCUUCUACAGGCUCGCGAUUCUCAACAGCGCGCUCCCCCACGUGCCCGAGGACGAAACACAGCGUCUUCCAGCAACAUCUCGGCAGCUCCGCGGGAAAAAGUUGGCAAGAACCGUCAGAUGGUCAAGAAUCGGUCUCAUCCACAUCUCUUCCUCGGCGGUGUGCACGCCACGGAUGGAGAAAGUACUAGUAAUAUCGAUAUGCUGGACAGCCUCUUCGAUCUGGACACUACACCUCAUCAACUCCCAGGCUCUUCAGAUUCGUCGAGGAGACAGCCAACCUUCCCUGUGGAUCAAUCUGGCGUGGCGUCGUGUUCGCCUGCUAAGCGGAGGCGCCUCGAUCUUUUGGAAGGAGAGGAGGACUUCUUCGAUUCUACGGGCGAUGAGAACGUAGAUAUGAACAAUAAUGUGUUGAGGGCUUCUGAGGAUCAGGAUCGACCCGUCCCGCCUCUGCGUUCCCGACAUCUAUCCAGAGCUCCAUCCGACGAGAUCGACGGCCCUCAUCGACACAAUGGUGGAGGUGUCGCCUAUUUGGAGAGGAGUAUGUCAGCUUUGUCGGUUUCUUCUCCGGACCCUUCGCCGAUGUUGGGAUCCACACAACCUGCGAGUUCGCGAGGCGCCACACAUACGAAAGGGGACGACGAUGUCGAGAUAAUUGUCCUUUCUGACUAAUAUCACUGUAGACCUUCUCGAGAGGAUCACCCUAUUAGAUAUACGAUCUUAGGCAUGAUCCAGACGGCGAACUCGGACGAUACAUCGACAUCAUCUGUUUCAGUGGCUGUAGAGUUAGAGUUCGUGAUCAUACGUCGAACUCUGCAAUAAUUCCAA